AUGUCAUAUUCCUUGGAAAUGGAGUUUGAUGAUUCCUUGGAAAUAGAGCUUGAUGAUCAACCAAUGCCCAGCCCGCCCUCAACCCGCAGCCGCCGUGGUCUAGACAACACAACUGAGAGAAGGCAGGAGUGGAUUUUUUCCUGUGGCCACAAGCUCAUUAGUGCUCUAAUCAUUCCCAACUCCGAGAACACUGUCGUCAUCCCAAUGAGAGGACGAAAUGCAGCGGCAAUCCUUGAAAAGCACUCCCCCGAUAAGUGUCCCGAGUGCGCAGCUACUGGACGCGAGGCAGAAAAGAAUAAAAACAAAACCCGUCAAGAUUGUGAGGAAACAGUGGCUGCGCUCAAGGCACAUGCCGAGUUUCUGAAGACUCAAGUCGCCAACGCCCAAAACAAUCUGCAGCUGAAGGUAGUCUUCGGGAAGUUGUUAAGGGAUUGCAAGAAAGAGUUGUCUGGGAAGUUGAUAGAGCUAACCGCGGAGUACCGUAGCUUGAAGGGAAAACAAGUAUCUCACAGCGAAAGUUUUCAGACACGGUUGAACGAGACAGAAGGUAUGGUUGACCUUAUAGUUGCAGUUGCGGCGAGCAAGGCGGGCCCAGGCGUGGAAAUAAGUCGUGCUCUCCUUCAAAGUCCUAGUAUUCAAGCGGAGUACAAGCAGCUGAGGAAGAAAUAUGAAAAAUCGACAAAGCGUGGAUUCGAGGAAGCCGCGACUCGACUUGAGGGUGUCCGGGAUCUGGCAAUGAAUGUGAUUAUGGGUAUUAAGUAG